AGAAUUGCCAUCAACAGAUCGGUCUGGUUCGGCAUUCCCGUUUUUUCCUCAUACUACCGAGCCGAGGUACGGUCUGUGAAGAUUAUCAAAGAUGUCAUCUAAGCAAAACUCUAAUAAUAUAGCCCAGGCCAGAAGGACUGUUCAACAGCUACGGAUAGAAGCUAACAUAGAGAGAAUAAAGGUGUCUAAAGCUUCUGCAGAUCUCAUGCAUUACUGCAGCGAACAUGCCAAGUAUGACCCUCUGCUUAUGGGUAUCCCAGCUUCAGAAAACCCUUUUAAAGAUAAAAAGCCCUGCACUAUAUUGUAGUGGGAUGCUUGAACUCUUGAUGUGUGUUUUGAUGUUCCUUUUAUUGUUAUUUUGUCGAGAGAGAAUAUGAUCUUCAAACAUCCAUUCCCUAUUUGCCUUAAAGUGAACUAAACCCCAAGCCAUUA